AUGUCGAAUACAAUCGAAGGAUCGCGAGAGCAUCAACAGGCUGCUGAAGGGCGAGCAGAAACAAAUCAUGGAGAUGGACUACAACACGAUGCUCGAAUGCCAACCCCUGGAGGCAACGAUGCGAAUAGAAGCACCAAUGCACACACAGACGACGACAAAGAGAACUUGAGUAUCUUGCGGGAUAUUCUUCAGACAUUGAAGGACUCUACAAUCAUCGAACCAAGCGGGAGAGAUGUCAGAUCACGCUUUUGGGCGAGCUAUCAGAAGCUUUCAACUGAAUAUGAUAAUGAAUUUUUGGAACGCUGCCGCGGGGACAUGGACAUAAUCCUGAUCUUUUCUGGCCUCUUCUCCGCCGUUAGCACAGCCUUUAUCAUUGCCAUGCAGCCCAAUCCGAGUGAUACUACAAAUGCUCUUUUGGCACAGCUUAUCCGGGACAAGAAUAACGUGCAGGGCGGCGAUCCGAUACCCUCAGCUUCAUCGAGAGGCGUGUGGUUCCAGGCCUUGGCUUAUGCUAGCCUCUUAUUGAGCCUUCUCGCUGCUUUCGGUGCAGUUCUUGGUAAACAGUGGCUUUCUCACUAUAAAUCAAGUGGUCGCGGUCAUGGUUCUCUCGAGGAGUGCAGCAUCAGGAGGCAACAAAAAUUGGACGGAAUUAAAGAAUGGCAUUUAGAUGCCGUCUUACAGUCAUUUCUCGUGCUCAUGCAACUUUCCCUCUUUUUCUUUGAGGCUGCACUCUCCUCUUAUGUUUGGGCCGAAAGCCAUGCAAUGUCUGGUGUUGUCAUUGCAAUGACAACUAUUGGCUUUAUCUUCUACACUGGCACAAUCUGUGUGUCAUUUAAGUCAGAGGACUGUCCAUUCCAGACUCCUGUGUCGACUCUUCUGCGGUUGGUUUGGAAUAGAUUAUGUGCAAUCUCUCAAAGCCUUACCUCUGCUUUUAUCAUUGUCAAGCUCUUGAGAGGAAUGAAGUUUGCUCUGAUUUGGAUCCAAUCUGCCUUCUCAGUGACAAUCUCGAAUGAUACAGAACAGCAAAUGAAAGAAGAAGCAGAAUGUUCUGGUGGCCCAAAGUCUGACAUUGACCUCAGGUCAACCUGCCUUCCAUCACUGAACUGGCUCUUUGAAACUUCCACGGACUCGGAGAUGAUUACAGCGGCUGCUUGCCUAGUGCCAGAAUUGGACAUAAGCCUUUUUGGGGCUCUGAAGGUGUCACCCAUAGAGUCACAACUGCCAGAUAUGUUCAUGAAAUGCUUUGAUGACCAGGCUCAUUGUAUUUCUGGGGCCUUUGACAAAGCUAUUGCAUUUGGUCUUGCACUUUCUCACUUGUACUGGAGACGAUACUUUCCAGGAGGAAAUUCUGGAUCUGCAAUAGUUCUUCCAGGAUUAUCAGAAUGUCAAGUUCAACAUGAUCAGGUUGACCUUACUGACUCAAAAACUCGCAUACACAAAGCAAUGAUGAUCAAUGGAGAUUUCUGGGACUGUUGGAAGUACCUUGAAUCACAGGAUCCUCAUUUUAUGUUGGUCUCUCAGAUUGGUCUUGGACAGAUGACAUGGAAAACAUUCAUCCGGGUUUUUCAUACGCCUUCCUUUGCUCCCAAUCAUUGCAGCAGCCAUUUGAGCUAG